AUGGAGCUGGACACCGAAGCCUCAACGUCCAACACAGUGCGUCCUGUCAUUCUCUCUGGACGAGAUAUAGAUGCGCUGGCCGAAGAAACUUUUGCGCUCGCCAAUGUCAAUUGGAAGACUCUUUUUUCCACUGGAAAGACACCCACAGAUUCAUUGUGUACAGGCAUUGCCGUCUGCCCUCCCAAGACAGGUCAUCUAUGUGCUCAUAGACACGCCCAGGCUGAGGUCUACUACAUCUUAGAAGGCCGUGGUACUGUCAAAAUCGAUGGUGUUGAGAGCAAUGUCGAAGCCGGCACCGUUGUCUUCAUACCUGGAAAUGCGGAGCACGCCAUCUGGAAUGUCAAUGACGAUAACUUACGAUGGUUUUAUGUGUUCCCAACGGAUGCUUUUGAAAACGUGGUUUAUCGCUUUUCUUGA